AUAGUCGAAGGCCAAACGACUGUGACAUACCCACUAUAUAAAAACAGGGUAGUUGCCUGACAAACCACAUUGUUUGCUUUUGUCGCAACGCCAAAGAACAACCAUGAACAAAUUGAUCUUUGUCACCGUCUGCACCUUUGCAGUGGCCUUGGCCAAACCUGGCGGCAUCGGAUUGGGCGGUCUUGGAUUAGGAGGUGUCGGUAUAGGCGGUAUCGCCUCUGGAGCACUAUUGGCACCUGGCAUCUCGACCGGAGCAGUAUUGGCACCCGGAAUCUCAACCGGAGCUGUUGUUGCACCCGGAGUAUCAACUGGAGCUGUUUUGGCACCUGGAGUAUCAACUGGAGCUGUUCUGGCACCUGCUGUGGCAACAGGAUCAAUCGCUGCUGGUCCAGUAUCAGCCGGAGCCAUUUCCGCAGGUCCAGCAUCAGCAGGAGCAAUUUCCGCAGGUCCAGUAUCAGCUGGUUCGAUCGCCGUAGGUCCUAGCGACGCCGGAGCUAUUUCCGCCGGACUCGCUUCUCCUGGAUUGAUCGGAGUUGGACCAGCCAUCGCUGGAAAUGUUGCUCUAACUGCUCCCGUUCUCGGUACCUCAGCUCUCGUUGCUCCUGCUCUGAGCGCUGGAGUAAUCACUAACGGAGGUGGAUCUAUCGGUGUAAGUGGACACGGUGCCAUCGUCAGUGGACCCCCAACCGUUGGAGCUUCGAUUGUUGGACCUUCUGGUGCCAUUAAUGGUGCAGGUGUUUGGGGACCAACCCACCACUAGUCUAAAAUAGCAUGUUAGUUUUAUUGAAUAAAUUAAUUUUCAUCUCUUGACAGUCUACUUUAUUUUGAG